UAGGAUCGUACGAAAAAGUCAACAUGUCAACCUUUGCAACUGUGACUGUGUUUAGGUUGUUUGGCUCGCGAUUAUCAAAUAACAAACUGAACCUAUUGAGUUUUAGUAAUCGUUUGAAGCCAAGUAUCUGCACACGGGCUCCAGUCAGAUCUAUCCUCACUUCGUGCAUAGAUCGAAACAUUUCCAGUAGAUGUUCUAAGACAUGCAGCAGAGCUUGGCUUUGCAGCAAUUUACUGUAGUGAGGAUUAUGGAGGCAUGGGAAUGAACAGACUUGCAGCUUCUAUCAUAUUUGAAGCUUUAGCAACUGGAUGUGUCAGCACUACUGCUUAUCUCUCUAUACACAAUAUGUGUGCAUGGAUGGUGGAUACAUUUGGGACUGAGCAGCUGCGAGAACACUGGAUGCCUAAUUUGUGUUCGAUGAAGAAGCUUGCUUCUUACUGCCUCACUGAACCUGGGAGUGGGAGUGAUUCUGCUAGCUUGAUAACCACAGCAAAGCGUGAUGGGGACUUCUAUAUCCUGAAUGGCUCGAAGGUGUUUAUUAGUGGAGCCGGAGAGACAGACCUUUACCUGGUCAUGGUUAGAACAGGAGAUAAAACACCAAAGGGUAUAUCCUGUGUCAUGGUAGAGGCUGGAAGUGAAGGCCUUAGUUUUGGCCAAAAAGAAAGAAAGGUUGGCUGGAAUUCUCAACCUACACGAACUGUUAUGCUCGAAAACUGUCGUGUUCCAAUCGGCAACAGGCUCGGCAAAGAGGGUCAAGGAUUUGCCAUUGCAAUGAAGGGCCUCAAUGGUGGAAGAAUUAAUAUUGCAUCUUGCUCCCUGGGAGCAGCACAAGCCAGCACAGAAUUAGCAAUGGAGCAUUUGAAAGUUAGAAAGCAAUUUGGCAAGCCGCUGGCCGAGUUCCAGUACUUGCAGUUUAUGCUAGCGGAGAUGGCUACAUCACUCGUAGCAUCGAGGCUGAUGGUGCGUGAAGCUGCAAGGGCACUACAAGAAAAUCGUGCUGACCAUGUUGCUAUCUGCUCCAUGGCAAAGUUCUUUGCUACUGAUAGUUGCUCAAAGAUAAUAAAUCAAGCACUGCAGAUGCAUGGAGGUUAUGGCUAUCUCAAGGUUUAUGCUGUGCAGCAGUACCUGCGCGAUACUCGUGUUCAUGAAAUACUCGAAGGUACAAACGAAGUGAUGAGGAUGUUAAUAUCCAGGGAUCUGCUAAAAUAACACUGAAAGGAUUGCUGUUUAGUGAGACUUCUUCAGUCUAAUUAGAUAGUGAAACCGUAGCUACCAUCUAAGAAUCAUGUUGGUACUGGUUAUGCGUGCCAAAAUAUUAUUUAUGUGAGGUGGGUGCAUCAUACAUAAUCUCAUCUGAAUAUUAGCUGAUUAGCUGGAAAUAUUGUGGAAAUGUUCUCUAGCAAGACAGUACUGUCACAACGUCUGGUCGUUUACACCUACAUGGAGAUAAUACCCUAUGUGUUUGUAAAUAUAUAUGUAGAAACCGCAUAAUGUCGA